AUGUGGCGGUGUUGUGGCCGGUUGCACGUCGCGUUGCUGCGGGGGCGGUGGGCCUUGACUGUUUCACCGACAGGCGUUGCAGUGCGGCUGCAUGGCGCACCGACAGCCCCGCCGUGCGAGUGCCACGCCCAACGCCACUGGGACAGCGGGACGAAACAGCCGCGAGUGUCCUUUGGAGCCAGCGGCAUCUGCUGGCCGCAGUUGGGCGGUGCGAGUGGGAUGCUUCACUGCACGGGUGUUGUGAUGGCGCCUCGAAGCGGCAUCCCCGGCGAUGGUUCCGACGCUGCAACUCGCAGAGGAGUGGAGGCGCAGCAACCAAAGUGGACUAUGAGCAGCAGCGUAGAGGACAUUCUGCUGGGUGGAGACACUCUCAGCACCGACAUGAAGCUGAAUGAUUUUCUUCGGAAUUAUGUUGGCGGCAGGGCGGCCGUUGGUGAAGACCACAACGUGACGAUGCAGGUGUUUCUUCAGGAGCCGGAUGCUUACGUACAAAACCAGCGGCUUCUUAGAAUUAUUUUUAAUUUAACAGAGUACCAAGAGCUGAAAAUACUAUUGGAGGCUAUCAAUAAACUUCAUCACGAGGGUGUGUUCUCUCUCAGACAAUGGAGGGGCUUUAAAAGGAAGAAUACGGUCACUCCUCAUGCAAAGGGAAAACUAAACGCAGUUCUCACUCAGGUACUGACAGAAGAAAAACGUGAGGCGGAAGAAAGAUUAAGGCGUGAGACAGAAGAAAGGCGAAGACGAGCGCAAGAAAUGAAAUUUACCAUUUCCACUACGAUCGAAGAAGCACUGUUUAAAGGAGGAGUCCGCGUCAAGGAAAAGAAGCUGAACGAUUUUCUUACGAUGGAAUUGGGCGGCAGGGGCGUUGUGGCCACCAAUCGGAGUGUUUUGCUGAAGGAGUUUUUCAAGGAUCCCACGAAGUAUAUCCGUGAUAAGGGAGUAUUGAACGAAAUACAGAUAACCGAUGCUUAUGCGAGGAUGGAGGGGGUUGUAAGGGAUGAAAUGGAUAUGGAAGAAGAUAUAAAGAAGCUUUACAAAAAUGGCGUGCGCACUCUACUGAAAUGGUCAGAAGCUGCUGCGGAGGUAAAGGCAGGUGUUCAUGACAUCACUAACGAGUUUUUAGAUGCAGCCCUCGUGGAAUUGAGGGACCCAACGACGACGGGCGCAUCGGAGAAACUGGAGGGAUACUACGAGUCUGUGUACAAUGCGAGGUGGAGCCAUGUGGUGGAAAUUCCCGACGGCGAUGGGACCGGACUGGAAGUGAGGGAGGGGAAACCAGAACAGUCAUGGACGUACAAGAAAUUUGGUGACACCCUCGAAAAGGAUGACGGUGUGGAGCAGUCCGAUGCACCGCGUCCCAGGCUGAUGGUGCUCACCUCGGACAAGGGAUGGCCGUACUCGUGGAAUAUGACACAGAAUUCUUCGGAGGACUUUUUUGUAAACUGUGAGGUGGAGCGAGUGUGGCGGAUCGUCAGGAAUGAUCUCACUGAGUGGUUCAGCAACUCUGACUUGACUCUCAGUUCUUCACCCGUGCGGCGUCUGUUGAUUGGGACGCCCGGGAUCGGGAAGUCGGUGGCUGCCGGCUCGUACCUCCUCUACCAGCUGCUGCACUGCGAUGUGGAGAAGCUCCAAGUGGUUGUUCACUGUUUUGGUGGACGUGAUGCUUACGUGUUUGACAAGACCGCCAAAAUCGUGACAAGAUACAGCGAUGAGGACCAAUGCAUCACGGCCUUGAGAAGUUUGAGGAAGCGUGGGAUGAAAGGGUAUAUUAUUUACGAUGUGGCAAAGAAAGGAACGCCACCACUGAGACAUUUUUUGCCCACUACCGGAUGGGGCAUGAUUGUGGUGUCAUCGCCAAAGGUAAGCAACUAUGAUGAGUGGGAGAAGCAACUACAAGCCAGUCGAAUCAUCAUGAAUUGCCCUGACGAGAUGGAUGUGAAGGCGAUGUGUGCGUGGAUGAAGCGAGGUCUGAAACCAGAUGAGCAAGCGGGAUACUGGAAAGAGGUCAAAAAACACAUGUAUUUUUUGGGACCGAUUCCACGUUACAUCUUCGAUGCGGUUGAAUAUGAAAAACGCACGAAGGAUGUUACGAGGGCCUUGAGAUGGAUCAAUAUUGGGGAUCAAGGAAAGUACUUUACACAGGGAGGAGAGAAAAAAUGGUAUUCCGAGGAUCCGUCUCACAAACUUGUGAAGAUUGUUCGAGUAAGAGAAAAAAACGCAUUUGAGGACUUCAGUAAUGCACCUAUAUGUACUUAUCUUGGGGUUUUAACAUUAUCUCGUUUGGCAAAGGUGCUGAGUCCGCAUGAUAUUUUUUUUCUCGUAUUGGGAAUGAAGAAUGUUCUUCAAUCUGAAGCUUUGGAAAAGUAUGCUUUGAACGUAUUCUUGAGUGUGGAGUUUGUCACUUCCAUAGUGAAGGAUCUCAAGGAGCUGAAGCCACCAUCACCUUCCGAAACACGGUCCUCGGUGCUAACGUUAAACCCUCAUGGCUACCCCACCGAGGCAGCUGCAAUAACUGAACUGAAGUUCAUUGAUGGCCCGGAAACAUUAAAGUAUCGGGUGCUGUACAUACCGACGUUCCCAAACUUUCCGCUGGUGGACGGCUUUUUCUUUGUUGAUUCGCCGCGGAAGACGCUGGUUGGGCUGCAGAUGACGACGGCGAGUGCGCAUCACACGAUAACCAGCACUGUGAAUCUGUUCACUGAGCACCUGUCGAAAUAUUUUGAUGGUUGGGAGAGAUUUGCUCAAGGAUUGUCGUGGGAUAUUAUUUAUAUACAGCACGCAGACAGCAAGCCGAUGGAAAAAUGGCAGAGAUGUGAUUACGUCAAUUCCAGGAAUAAAACCGACGCUGAAAAAAAAAUUGUGACUUUCUGGGAAGGAAAGGUACACCAAUACCAGGUUAUGUUAAAAGGUAAAUUUCCUGAGGAAAUCAAAUUCUCUGAUGAUGAUCUACCCGAGGGGGAUAAAAAGGGCAAUAAAAAUGAAAAAAAUAAGUAG